CCUCCCCCUCCAUCCAGCCCAGCCGCCUCCACCUGCGGGCCCAGAGGUGGGCCAAGUCGGCGUCCGCCCGGGGCGUCUCCCCCAUCCCCGGCCUCCGGGAUGAAGAACCCCAUGCUGGAGGCGGGGGCCCUGCUCCUGGAGAAGCUGAUCCUCCUGUCCAGCCUCCGGCCGUUCGGCUGGGCCGGCGGGCAGCCCGACAGCGGGACGGGCCGGGGCCAGUCCUGCCGCCACGACCCCGCCCGCUUCCUGCGGGGCGACGUCCUGGAGGUGCCCCGCACCCACCUGACCCACUACGGCAUCUACCUGGGAGACGACCAGGUGGCCCACCUCAUGCCGGACAUCCUGCUGGCCCUCACGGAGGACCGGCGGCGGACGCAGAAGGUGGUGUCCAACAAGCGGCUGAUCCUGGGCGUCAUCGGCAAGGUGGCCAGCGUCCGGGUGGACACGGUGGAGGACUUCGCCUACGGCGCCGGCGUGCUGGUCAACCACCUGGACCGGGCGCUGAAGAAGAAGGCGCUGGGCAACGAGGAGGUGGCGCGGAGGGCGGAGCAGCUGCUGGGCAUGACCUCCUACAGCCUGCUCUGGAACAACUGCGAGCACUUCGUCACCUACUGCAGAUACGGGGCGCCCAGCAGCCCCCAGGCCGACAAGUUUUGCGAGAAUGUGAAGACAGUUAUUCGUGAUCAGAGAAGUGUUCUCGCUUCAGCAAUCCUGGGAUUGGCAUCAAUAGUCUAUCUGGGCAUGGCCCCCUAUACAACCCUUCCUGCAAUCUUUAUUCCAUUUUGCUUAUGGAUGGCUGGCUAACUAUGCAAUCCAGUGUCUGUGUAUAUCUUCUAAACAAAUGUUAUAUUUCUAGAGCACAAAUCCGAAUAAGCAUUAUAUAAAAAAACAAAUGUGACCUGUAGCAUUGUGUUCUGGAUAAAGAUGUGAUUAAAAAUCACACAGAGUGCUUACUAUGUAAGCCCAAGAGCCAGACUUUCUGAAUGUUUUCAGGCAGUUAAGGUUUUAAAGCACCUUCCAGAUCCUGGGAACAUGAAACAUAGUAAAAUGCUGAUGGCCAGUACUGCAAAACCAUUUCUUAAUAUGAUGGUCACUUGUGACAUUUUGUGAGGUUUUUGUCCAUGUUCUAUUUUGUGGGCAUGUGAGAAUUAGGAGGUUAAAAUGUUCAAAUUGGGGGAAAAAAUGUUGUUGGAGCUUUAAAAAGACAUAAAAAUUGUAACUCUAAUAAUGCGGAUUAUUGGAAUGGGACUGGGUAGUGAACAUGAAAGCAUUUCCAUUCAAAUGGAAAUGUGCAUAUGUUUUUAUUUAGUGAUUAGCAAAACUAAUUACUAAACAUCCUGUUUUGAAUCUCAGCUCCUAUUUGCUGGGGCAGAAACUCUUCUUUUUUGUUCCAGGAAUUUAACUUUGUCAGUAACAGCUUCAGAUACAAAUCAAGUGAACUGAAGUUUGUUCAAAAAAAUUUCUAAACCAUUUCAUUGCAAAAACACCUACUAACAUCAUGAAUAACUUGAUGAUUUAGGUUAGUUGAAGAGAAAUCUGCAGCUCAUUACCAAUUCUUUUCUGUGUUAUUAAGUGUCACUGCAGUCAAUUUAAAUCACUGUGGGGGAGGUUGGAAGAUGUAGGACUCAAAUAAUUGGUUGGUAAGAAGGUUUAAAAAAGUCUUAAAGAGAAGAUUGGGGGAAAAAAAGGCCAAUUUAGGUCAUCUCUUCUUCAUAAUUGAACCAACAUGACGUUAUAAAGUGUGAUGAGAAGUGCAAAAACGUUUUGGAAUAACAGCUUCUUUCAACACUAAUCUGUAUUUAAAGUUUUGUCUUUUGGAGAGCUAUUUUAUGUGUAUACCAUGGAAAGGCAUAUUAUCAAAUAAUUUUUUUGUGCUGUGUAAUUAAAAAAGCAAACUUUCUUGAAUAUACUAA